AUGUUAGUUCCACCAGCGAAUUUUGGGUUAGCCGAGGAGGGGAUAUACCGGUGUUCGAAGAUCGAAACCCUGAAUCUAUCCUUCUUGGAGACUCUCGGUUUGAAAACAGUGAUAUUUGUCGGAGGGCAGGAACCAUCAAAGUUCUUCAAAGAGUUCUUCGAAAGAUGUUGCAUUGAGUGGUAUGUUGUUAAAACGGCUGAAGUCACAUCAACGUUGGAUCCACUUAAUCCAGCAGGGUCAAAACGAGACGACGAAAUAACCUCUAAUAAAUCUACUCAAAAUUUCGCUAAAGUAUCUUAUGAACUUAAUGAUAACGAUGAUCUGAUGCUUAUCAAAAGCACAUGUCUGAUAAAAGCUUUUAAACUUCUGCUGGAUACUCAGAAUCAUAACACCUUACUAGUUGAUAAAACUUCGAUAGUAGUAGGGAUUUUGAGGAAAAUACAAAAGUGGAAUAUAUCAUCAAUUGUCAAUGAAUAUCGCCUAUUUACAGGUAAGAACAGCAAUUAUUUUGCCGAAACGUUUCUGGAGAUCAUAAAUGUUCGAAUAAUUCAACAGCAUGACGAUAGUUCAACUAAUAACAUAGACGAUGCUGAUAUUGAGCGAUACAUGAAUAAAGAAAAUGGUACCUACCGUGCACCUCAUUGGGAAGUCGUACGUGAAACUGAUCUUUUAUUGCCCCCCUCAUUACCUUGGCACCUUUUUAAAGUACUCAAAGAAAUGGAAGGGGAGAACGACAAUGUUACUUCUGAACGAAAUCCAAGUAAAGUCCCAAAUAUGUCUAGAACACAUUCUAAUCUUGGUAUAUUUGGUAACCGCUAUAGGUUAGCUUUUAACAAACAAGAGCGUGCGGAUUAUGAAUAUUACAAGAGCUUGAAUACAAACACUUUAGUCCUGACAAUUCCCAAAGAAACAUUAUUGCCUGCUUGGUUUGUCUUCCAGAGAGACCUAUGGGAGAAGGAGAACGUGAAAGAGGAGCACAAUUUUUACAAAGAAAAGAUAUUUAUAUAA